AUGAGCCCCGAUGCCAAAUUCAGGGAAUCGUCUAUACGAAGCAUUAUAUCGGAGGUCUUAGAAGAAAAUAUCAAAUCCAUAACAACCUAUGAUUCUUCAGUUUUAGGAGGGAAAUGCAAAUUCGCCUGUGAUGUCAUCAAAGAAAGAGUAAAGCAGCUGAACAUUACGCGAUACAAGAUUAUCGCUUCUGUGAUUGCGGCUCAGAAAGGAAGCCAAAGCAUGUUAGUGACGUCACGAUGCCCUUGGGACCAAAAGAACGACAGCUAUGUUUCAGUUAAAGUAGAAUUGGGUGAAUUCUGUGUCAUAGGAACAGUUUACGUGGUAUAUGCAGAGUAA